UGGUGCACGUGGGUGGCAAGGCUGAGACGAAGAGACGCCAGACCCUCAAUGGAGUCCUUCCAGCCCUUUAAAUUUUGCUUCCGGAGUGCUGUGAGACGGAGGCUUGCUACUGGUCGCAGCCCCUCUUCCCAGGCCGCCCGCGGUUUCUCAGUAUGGGAGGAACAGCCGCUGCCAGAAAACGGGUCCCCCAGCAGGGCUGGCCACAAAGAAGUUUCUCGCCUGCGCUCUGACUCUCAUCUGGAUGGGGCCGAAAAUGGGGAAGCUGACCAGCCAAACAUAAAACCAUUGCUAGCUGGCAAACCCAACAGAGACCGCAUGCGUCAGAUUCGGUACGCUGACCGUCGGAAGCUGCCUGCCAAAAGUGCACCCGCCAGUGGGGAGGAAUUCUGGAACCUGAGAAAUGACGACUUCUCCAAAAAGAAGGGACAAUCACAGCAAAAAUCUUUGUCUGUUGUAAGGACGAAAGGCUCAGAGUUCUUGUUUGGGAUUGCACCCUGCUCCUUAGCACUGGCAAGGUCUAAGAGGGACUUCUUCAGGCUCUUCCUCAAGUCCGGCAGCACCAGCUCCCGGCCUGUGAUGGAGGAAUUCUCCCGGCAAGCUGAGGCCCGUGGGAUCCCUGUGCAACUGGUUCCACAAAAGGUCCUGAAUGGCCUUUGUAAGGGAGGGGUCCACCAGGGUGUUUGCCUGGAGGCCACUCCCCUUCACCCCAUUCUGUGGCAGCAAGAGCUUGAGGGAGCUGCCAGUGAGGGGUCUCAGCUCCUCUGGCUGGCCUUGGAAGAAAUAUUAGACCCCAUGAACCUGGGGGCAGUUCUGCGGUCUGCUCAUUUUUUGGGUGUCGAUGGGAUCGUGAUGAGUCAAAGGAACAGUUGCCCUCUGACACCUGUCGUCAGCAAAGCUAGCGCUGGGGCCAUGGAAGUCUUGGAUGUGUUUGGCACGGACAAUCUCCAGAGCUUUCUCCAGGCAAAAUCUGAACAAGGUUGGGAUAUCGUUGGGACAGUUGGCCACUGCGAAACCCAGAAUGACAUCCCCGUUGAGAGCUGCUUAGAUUUCCACUGGAUGAAGCCCACCGUCUUGUUACUAGGGAAUGAAGGAUAUGGACUUUCCCCGGAGACGAGGAGCUUGUGCCGAAGAAUGCUAAGCAUCUUCCCGGGGAGAGCACUGCCCCCUGGGAUCGAAUCGCUAAAUGUGUCUGUUGCGGCUGGGAUUCUGUUGCACUCCCUAUGCAGUCAAAGAAUUAAAGCUACUUGAAGCUUUCAUUUCUUCUGACUGGAGAAAAACAGUAACAUGUCCUUGAAGAUGCUUCCCCCAGCAGGGAAUCUCCAUCAAGAUACAUACUAGGCAAGAAAGGGUUCUAGUCUUUGGGAAGCUGGAUAAUUCCUUGAAGUUGAGCAGUGUAACAACCAUGCUAGAUGCAGUGGACUUCCUUGAAGACUUUGGUUAUGCGAGAAGCACGGCUCUCCCUCUGGCACACGCCCACUGAAGAGAACUUUAUCUACAAAUCCAGAAUCUGCUUCUACAAAGUUGCCUCAGGGCUCUGCCGUCCUUCGUCCAAGAGUGCUUA